GGCUUGAAGUAGGAGGCCGAAGUGAGGGGUGGAGGGGGAGAGGCCUUUUGCGGCAGGACGUAAGUGACGGCAAAGGUGGCGCGCUAGCAGCUGGAGGGCAGAGGAGCCGGCGCGGCGGGUCCCGUCCUCGCCAUGAGGCCGCAGCAGGCGCCGGUGUCCGGGAAGGUGUUCAUUCAGCGAGACUACAGCAGUGGCACACGCUGCCAGUUCCAGACCAAGUUCCCCGCGGAGCUGGAGAACCGGAUUGAUAGGCAGCAGUUUGAAGAAACUGUGCGAACUCUAAAUAACCUAUAUGCAGAAGCAGAGAAGCUCGGGGGCCAGUCCUAUCUCGAAGGCUGUCUGGCAUGUUUAACAGCGUACACCAUCUUCUUAUGCAUGGAAACCCAUUAUGAGAAGGUUCUGAAGAAAGUCUCCAAGUACAUUCAAGAACAGAAUGAGAAGAUAUAUGCCCCCCAAGGCCUUCUUCUAACAGACCCCAUUGAGAGAGGACUUCGAGUUAUUGAAAUUACCAUUUAUGAAGACAGAGGCAUGAGCAGUGGAAGAUAAACCAUCGAUUUUAAGAUCCCACCUCCCACUGGGACUCUCGUCUGUCCACUGACUGAUCACAGAGUGUCCCUACCUCGUCUCCGAGCAUCAUUCCUUUGUAUCUGCUGCCAGAGCCAUGGUGCCAUUUACUCCAAGGACUAACUUUCUAAAAUUCCAUACCUGGAGUGACCUCUAGUCGCUCAGCAUCCACUUUAUGUCUCUAAAUUGUGUAGGACUGUUAAUCUUUUGAUGAGUUUCUGAGAAAACACAAUGAAGCAUUUCACUUUUUUAAAUUCAGAGCCAUUUAGUAAAAUACGCAGUUGGUCGCCCACUACAGUUUUAUUUCUUCCCUGCCACCAGUACCACUUUAUUUCUUGGCCAGUUUCCCAGGUGGCUCUUGAGUUCAACAAGUCCUGUCUUAGACAGUGUUCGGUCUGAUUCCCCCAAGUUAAAAAGCUUUCUUCCAGGUGGAGUUAGGUAUGUCUGUGGUUUUGCUAGUGCAGUUCCCAGAUUUCAAAGAACUACCUAUUUUGCUAUGAUUCAAAUCCUAAGAUUGAUUUCUGCUCUUCAGUUUCUCAAACUGAAGCUCAUUGAAGAAAAUAAUGUAUAAUGUGAUUUGUCUCAAUAUAGCAACUAUUCCUAAUUAAAGCAGUAUUUAAUGCAAUUUCCAGUUAAUUCCUUUGGAGACUUUUAUAUUAUUGCAUUGCCUUGACUGUUGGGAAGAUGUCUGUGUUGUUUGUUCAUUACACAAAUAAGUAAGCACAAUAAAGUGGAUGCUAAACCAUCAAACAGAUAAAUGUCUUUGCUGUGUCCCUGAGUGUGUAAUAAGAAAGUGUAAUACAUAUUGUAAUUAUUAUUUUGUUAUAACUGUAACUUAUGAAGGAAAAAUUUGAUAGGAAUAAUACUGUAUAUUGCUAAUUUUUAACCCUACUGGCAAACAGUAUGAUUCAUAGACUCUUUAUAUACAGUAUUCAGUGCACGGAACUCUUAAGAUUGGUUAAAGUUAAGUGACUUACAAGUUAAACCCUCAGUCUGAGUCUGUAUUUCUAGCUCCUUUCGUCUGUAUGUUCUUACUAUUGGGUUUCUGAUGCCCUUCAUUCUUUUGGGAGUUUGAGAGCACUGUAUUUGAGAGAAAGUUAAGAAAUAUAUUAGGAAAGAAUGAAGCAGUUAAAGUUUUAUUUUCAGAGAUAUUGUAGGUGCUAAUACAGGAUUUAACCUUCAGAUUUAAUUUCUUUUCUGGAUCUGGUAGUUAUUCAGUAAAUCCCAUAGGUCUGUGUAAUAUUUUAAUUAUAUAAGACUCCUUUAUUACUUUAUAGCCUGUAACAGCGUGUCUGUCUGCCUUUUAAACCCGUUGCAAUAACUUUGCUGAAAUAUUAACACAUUAGUAAAACUUUUCUUAAACAAA